AAGAGCUUCUAUUGGAGACUGCCUAGACGCGCAUAGAUAGCUGCGUCCUCUGUUGAAUGAUGACAUGCUUGUAUCUUCGUCCCGCAAUAUGUAGGGCUUCACUUCGCUCCCUCACAGCAUUCCCCACCCGAACUUCGAUUCCCAGAUCUCUCAACUCGAGACGCAUAGCUGUUGUGAGGCGCUACACUGCUGCAGCUAACAUGUCUGAUCUCUUCGUCGAGCUCACUGCGCCAAAUGGCCGCAAGUACAAGCAGCCAAGGGGUCUCUUCAUCAACAACGAGUUUGUUGCUUCCAAGUCGGGGGAAACAAUCGUAUCUAUAAACCCAAGCGACGAGAGUGAGAUCGUUUCUGUCUAUGUAGCUGGGGCCGAGGAUGUCGACAUCGCCGUGGCUGCAGCACGAAAGGCCUUCAAAGAUCCCAGUUGGCGGGACAUGGACACUACUGCUCGUGCAGACCUCAUGUUCAAGUUCGCGCAAUUGAUUGAAGAGCAUAAGGAGACGCUGGCCACUAUUGAGACCUGGGACAAUGGCAAGCCGUACUCCAUUUCACUUUCGGAUGAUCUGGACGGAACCAUUGGAGCGAUCAAGUACUACGCAGGAUAUGCGGACAAGAUCCACGGACAGGUCAUUGAGACCUCCCCUCUUAAGUUGGCGUACACUGUUCGCGAACCACUCGGUGUGUGUGGACAGAUCAUCCCGUGGAACUUCCCUUUGCUGAUGGCAUCCUGGAAGCUGGGGGCCGCGUUAUGUACCGGCAAUACAAUCGUUUUGAAGGCCGCCGAGCAGACACCACUCUCCAUUCUGUACCUAGCCACUCUCAUCAAGGAAGCAGGCUUCCCGCCAGGUGUAGUUAACAUCAUCAACGGACAUGGAAGAGAAGCUGGCGCAGCGCUCGCCUCGCAUAUGGAUGUAGAUAAGAUCGCAUUCACAGGGUCGACCGCUACCGGACGAGAGAUCAUGAAGAUGGCCGCCGUCAACCUGAAAAACAUUACUCUGGAAACAGGCGGCAAAUCGCCACUACUGGUCUUCGAUGACGCUGAUCUCGAUCAAGCAGUCAAGUGGGCACACAUUGGAAUCAUGUACAAUCAGGGGCAAGUAUGUACUGCAACUUCGAGAAUAUUGGUGCAAGAAGGCAUCUACGACAAGUUCGUCAAGGCAUUCAAGGAGCAUGUAUCGGAAGCCUCAGUGGUUGGAGACCCCUUCCAUGACGACACGUUCCAAGGCCCGCAGGUCACCAAGGCGCAAUUCGAAAGGGUACUGUCGUAUAUCGAGGCUGGCAAGUCGGAGGGUGCUACCCUUGUAGCUGGCGGAGAAGCGCACAAAGAUGUCAACGGAAAGGGAUUCUUCGUCCGGCCCACUAUAUUCUCAAACGUGAAGGACGACAUGACAAUUUACCGCGAAGAGGUCUUUGGCCCGUUCGUGACCAUUAGCUCAUUCAAGGAGGAGGAAGAAGCUAUCAAUCGUGCCAACGACUCGAAUUAUGGCUUGGGCGCGGCCGUCUUCACCGAAAAUAUCACAAAGGCGCAUCGCGUGGCUAGGCGCAUCGAGGCGGGCAUGGUCUGGAUCAACUCGAGCAACGAUUCUGAUACACGGAUUCCGUUUGGUGGGGUAAAACAGAGUGGUAUUGGGAGGGAACUUGGCGAGGCGGGUAUUGAGGCAUACACGAAUAAAAAGGCCGUCCAUGUCAACCUCGGCACUAGGUUGUGAGAUACCUCACUGUGGUGUACGCAGGUGACUGCCAUGAGAAGGUUCACUAGGCGCUAGUGUAUGGGCAAACAGCUUUUGGAGACACUUACUGUGUGCGCGUGAUGUUCUCGCGAACGAGCACGUGACUGUGUUGUAUCUGUGUUUCGAAGUGCAAAAAGUCUGACAUUCAAUUCAUUGCUGACG